CGAGAAAAAGCUAUUUUUCUUUGAGAAUGACCUGACUGCUUACAGCGUGCCCGCCUGCUUCCUUGACUUUCAGAGACCCGAUAAGGCAUUCGACCAGCCAAGAUGCGGAACCUGCGCAACAUUGCGCACGGUGUCUUCCGGGCACCCGACUCAUGCUCAACAACGCCCGCAGCCCGCAUCUCUGCCUCGUGCUGGGAUGUUGCUCGGGAUGAGGUGAUCAUCGCAUGCGGGCCGCAGCCCGGAGACUCCCGUAUCGAGCUGCUUCGGAUUGCCAAACAUGCCCAGCAUGUCUCGCCGGCACAGCUACAGUCGCACAUCAUUGCAUCGUGGGAUUCCCCGACCCCGAACGAGGAUGGCGCCCCCGACGUCAUCAGGGGCUUGCACUAUUUCAGCGACACGCUGACGACAUGCGUUAUCAUGGCCGGUGGUGACAUUGUCACCGUCACUGAGGACGAGGAGGGAAUCGCUGCACCCGGCGAGGCCCAUGUCGAGAUUGUAGGCACCCUCUUGCCGUCCAUCGCCGCGGCACGUUGGUCGCCCGAUGAGGAGUUGCUGGUGAUUGCUACCGGCGAUGCCAAGGUUGUGUUUAUGAGCCGGAGCUUCGACGUCAUCACAGAGAUCCGGCUUUCUCCAGACGACCUGAAGCUCUCCAAGCACGUCUCGGUCGGAUGGGGCAAGAAGGAGACGCAGUUCCAGGGGAGGGGUGCUAAAGCCAAGGCACUGCGAGACCCGACCAUCCCUGAGAAGGUAGACGAGGGUGCGCGGAGCCCGAACGAUGACGGCCGCUGCAGCAUCAGCUGGCGGGGCGACGGUGCCUAUGUCGCCGUGAAUUUCCUCCAGGAAGGUGUUCGUCGUGUCAUCCGUGUCUACAGCCGCGAAGGCGAGUUGGACAGCGUCAGCGAGCCCGUAGACGGCCUCGAGGGCAGCCUGAGCUGGCGGCCUGAAGGCAACUUGAUAGCCGGCAUCCAGCGUCUCCCCGACCGCGUGGACGUCGCCUUCUUCGAGAGAAAUGGCCUGCGGCACGGCCAGUUUACCCUUAGGCGCCCGGCAUCUGCCCCUGAUGCCCUUGAGGACGUCGCUCUGGAAUGGAACCCAGACUCGACAGUCCUUGCCGUCAUUCUGAGAGAUCGCAUUCAGCUAUGGACCAUGGGGAAUUACCACUGGUAUCUAAAGCAGGAGAUCAUAUGCGGCCAGCCGGCUGACGCCGUCACCCGGCAUCAGAGGCCUGUCUUCUCAUGGCACGCCGAGAAGCCACUUCUGCUCGCGGCAGCGGCAGCGGACAAGCUUCUCGUGAAUGAAUAUGCCCUCGUAGUCUCCAGAGGGCCGGUCAACUCCCCUUACGACCACGGGGCCGUGGCCGUCAUCGACGGGCAAACCAUCAAGUUUACGCCAUUCCGAACCUGCAACCCCCCGCCUCCUAUGGCCAUGUGCGAGCUUGAGGUUGAGUCUCCCGCUGUUGAUGUGGCGUUUGCGAGUGACUGCUCUGCAAUGGCCAUUUUGCACCACGUUGGUGUCAGCUUCUUUGCCCUUGAUGCCAAAGGUUCUCGCCUUAUUAUCCCGAGACUCGUGGCCAUGGCUUCAUUCGGAAAGGUGGUUGCUCAGAUGUACGACGAGUCCCUCCUCCAGAUUGGCUUCUCUACGCCUACGGAGGUCCAGGUUUUGCAUAUGGCAGGCGACCUCGAGCUGUUGCGAUAUGAUUUUGGCCCUGAGGGUGCAAAAGCGUGGAGCACGACCGACGCUAGAUCUGUCGCGACGAUAACGUCGCCAAGCUCUGCCUCGAUCAAAGGCGUGGUGGCCCAGCAUUUGAAUGGCAGGCUCAGCAGCAUCUCGGGCGAGGGGCAUUCUGCUCUGCCCGUUCGGUUUCCCACCUUCCUGCCAUGGGCCAGUUGCACGAUACACGCCGGCGGAUUCCUCGCCUUUGGCCUGUCGAGGAACGGACAUCUCUACGCAAACUCGCGGCUGCUUGCAAAGAACUGCACUUCCUUCCUCGUUACUGACAGCCACCUCAUCUUUACUACGAGCAACCAUUUCGUCAAGUUUGUCCACCUGGCCCCUGAAGAAGACCUCGACGUCCCGGGAGAUGACCCGGAAAAGGACGAGCGGUGCCGGAGCAUUGAGCGAGGCGGCAGGCUUGUAACCGCCAUCCCUACCAAAAUGACCCUGGUGCUGCAGAUGCCGCGGGGCAAUCUUGAGACCAUCUAUCCCCGCGCCAUGGUUUUGGCUGGCAUCAGGAGGCUAGUUGAGCAGAAGGAGUACGGCACCGCCUUCGCAACAUGCCGGACUCAACGCGUGGAUAUGAACAUCCUGUUCGACCAUCGCCCCGCGCAAUUCCUGGAAAAUGUCGGCUUGUUCCUCGAGCAGGUCAAGGAUCCGGCCAAUGUUGACCUGUUCUUGUCCUCACUGAAGGAUGAGGAUGUCACUCAGACGAUGUACAGGGACACCAGAAGCAGCUCUGCUGCUCUGCAACCCUCAGACCCUCAGACCGCCCGUAAACCGGGGAAGACCAAUACGAUAUGCGAUGCUUUCCUGACACGUCUCCGAGCGCAGAAGAAGGCCAACCUGCAAAACAUCAUCACCGCACAUGUCUGCAAGAACCCGCCCGCGCUCGACGAUGGCCUCCUGGUGGUUGCGGAGCUCAUGCAGGAGGACGAGACAUUGGCAGAGCGCGCCGUGGAGCAUAUCUGCUUCCUGGCCGAUGUUAACCAGCUCUAUGACCACGCGCUGGGAUUGUACAAUCUGGAUCUUACGCUGCUGGUAGCUCAGCAAUCCCAACGCGAUCCGCGCGAGUACCUGCCGUUUGUGCAGGAACUGCACAAGAUGCCGCCGUUGAAGAGGCAAUUCACCAUCGAUGACAGGCUCGAGCAUUGGGAGAAGGCGCUAGACCACCUCAAGGCACUCAACAACUUCGAAGACGUCAAAAAGUACGUUGUCAAGCACAAGCUCUACCAGUAUGCGCUGGCCAUCUACCGCCACGAGGAGCAGCACCACCGCGCCAUCACAGAUCUCUACGCCGCCCACCUCAAAUCGACCUCUCGCUUCAAGGAAGCCGGUCUCGCGUACGAAUCCCUGGGCAACUUCGCCGACGCAACCGACUGCUACCUCAAGGCGGGCGCGUCCUGCUGGCGCGAAUGUCUCUAUGCAGCCCAGCAGCAACAACCUCCGCUUUCCCCAGCCCAACUCUCCGAGAUCGCCACCUCCCUUGCCGACGCCCUGCGCGAGGCCAAGGACCAUGCCGCUGUGGCCACAAUCUACCUCGAUUACCUCUCCUCUAUCCCUACCGCCGUCCAGCACCUCUGCAAAGGUUACCUCUUUGCCGACGCGCUCCGCCUCGUCGCCCUCCACAACCGGCCGGACCUUCUUCCCACGGCCGUCGACGCGGGCCUCGCCGACGCCUUUUCGAGCUCGACCGAGUUCCUCGCCGACUGCAAAGCGCAGCUCGGAGCCCAAGUCCCGCGCAUCGCCGAACUCCGGCGCAAGGCCCGCGAGGACCCGCUCGCCUUCUACGAGGGCGAGAACCCGUUCAACGCCCGCGGCGGGCAGGCAGCCGAGAUCCCCGACGACGUCUCCGUCGCCGCCUCGUCGCGGCUCAGCACCUCGGCCAGCCUCUUCACGAGGUACACGGGCAAGGCCGGCAGCGUCGGCACCGUGGGCAGCAACGUCUCGCGCGCGACGAGCAAGAACCGCAGGCGAGAGGAAAAGAAGCGCGCGCGCGGGCGCAAGGGCACCGUGUACGAGGAGGAGUACCUCGUCAACUCGGUGCGGCGGCUGGUCGAGCGCGUCGAGGCGACCAAGCCCGAGAUCGAGCGGCUGGUCUUCGGUCUGGUCAGGCGGGGCAUGGCGGAACGGGCACGGGCGGUGGAGGAACUCAUGGGGCAGGUCCUGGAUGGGUGUAAGAAGGCUGUGGAGGAAGUUUGGCCGCCCGCGGCCGUUGGCGAAGAGGGGGGGGUUCAGGAGGCAGAGGGCGAGGGAACCCGUGAUCCGGCCGCGGAGGCGUAUCGGCCCGGGGGUGCAGAUGGGGUCUUGUUUGACAGCUUGGAAGCCUUGAGGACGAAGCAGACGCCGCCUGUCGUAGGAGGGUUCGAGAGGUUGUCGUUGCUAGGUAAGGGAAGGACUGGAUGAGGGGUCUGAUUCCGGGGUCGCAUUCGUGUGUGGGUGGGUGGGCAAAUAGGGGGAGGGGACAUUGGAGAGGCCAGGUAAAAAAGUGGUGCUUAAAAGAAAAUGGUGGGAAUACUAAAAAGGGGGGGUUACACCCACUUGAGUCACGAAGGAUGCGUCAGGCGUGGGAUGAUCCAGUUGUUGUUGGGGGAAUCCAUCCACCCCAAAUCGCCAGAAUUCCAGUGACUGAAGCUGGUCUACAAUGGUCAACUACAUACAGGAGAUGCCCCAUGUCGUCGUUACAGCAUGACCGCCCGCUCAUUGGGAUACUACAACCCGAGAAAAUUUGCCUCCAACGCCUGGCUCGCUAUCCGACCAACUUUGGCUCGACCCAGCCUGGCUGCGCAAGGGCUCCUCGCUCCGCUCCAUCAAUGCUCAUGAGAAUGAAUAAUCUAAUGAAACUCGGCAUCCACCCUCCCAUACCUGACCCCAUCCACCUUCAACUCGAACCCUAGCCCAGCGCUAUCCACAAUCAUCUCGAGGGUGAAGUCGAGGUUGUCGAACUCGACGCCCCGGGUGGUCGUCAAGCGGGUGAAGAGGUUGCGCGGGACGGCGCUCAGGUCGGUGGUGAGCGUGCAGACGUGGAUGAGGUCGCGCGUGUAAGCCUUGGGCGGGUCGUCGGCCUCGCAGGCGAUCAGGUCGUCGGUGACGACGAGCGACUGGCCCGGGCGGAAGUUGCGGGUGUAGUGGAAGGCGAUGGGUUGGUGGGGAGAUAUCGCUUGUCCCUGUG